AUGCUGCCAAGGGGUACACAUCUAGAAGACCAAGCUCCAGAAGAAGACAUGAACCCUCAGAGAAGAGAUGUGCUGGCAUUAUUGGUGCAGAACCAGAAUGAUCAGAUGAUGCAAAUUCAUCAGAUGUUGGCCAGAAGAAGAAGAAGAAGACAGAGGAAUGUCUGGGUGAGAGACUGGAUCACUAGAAGACCAGAGCAGGGCUUGUAUGAUCGCCUGAUGGUGGAGCUCAGGAAUGAAGGCCCAAGAUCCUUUCAGAACUUCAUGCGCAUGCCUCCAGACAUGUUUGAUGAGAUUGUCCAGAGGCUGACCCCAAGGCUAACCAAGCAAACUACCAACUUCAGAGUUCCCCUGGAUCCUGGUAUGAAAGUUGCCAUAACCCUUCGUCACCUGGCAUCUGGAGCCAAGUACCAUGACAUGCAGUAUGCCUGGAGGGUCCCCCACAACACCAUCAGCAAAGUUGUUAGAGAAGUCUGCGAGGCCAUCAUAGAAGAGUACCUUGAAGAGCAAAUGUCACCUCCAACCACUGAAGAAGGCUGGCGUCAACUGUCAGAUGACUGGUACCAGAGAUGGAACUUCCCUCACGUAGUGGGGGCAGUUGAUGGCAAACAUGUGGCAUGCAAAGCUCCCCCUAAUUCUGGAUCAGAGUACUACAAUUACAAAGGCUUCUUCAGUGUGAUCCUGUUUGCCAUGGUGACAUCUGAUUACAAGUUCCUGUGGGUGGACGUGUCUGGUAAUGGCUCAGCUUCAGAUGCCCAGAUCUUCAACAACAGUGAGCUGAAAGAAGGCCUAGAGAACAACACCAUCAGAGGGUGGCCUCAGCCCGAUCCUUUGCCUGGUGACAAUCAGAAUGUGCCCUACUUCCUGGUGGGAGAUGAUGCCUUCAGUCUCAGGACCUACAUGAUGAAGCCUUAUGGUGCCAGGAACCUCGACAGGGACUACAGAAUCUACAACUACAGGCUGUCAAGAUCCAGAAGAGUGGUGGAGAAUGCUUUUGGCAUCCUGGCCAACAGAUUCCAAGUUCUUCUCAGCACCAUGCAGCAUCACCCUGAUACUGUCAGAUUGAUUGUCAAGGCCUGUGUUCUGCUACACAACCUGAUGAGGACUCGGUACCCUGUGCUCCAGAAUCGUCUGCUGGAUGUGCAAGAUCCAAAUGGAAACGUACAGCCUGGUGCCUGGCGAGAGGGGAGAAACUUGGAGGACACUAGAGUUGUACAGGCCCCCAACAGAGCAUCCAAGGAAGGCAAGCUCCAGAGAAACCUGCUGAGACACUGGUGUAAUUCGCCAGCAGGUGCAGUGCCAUGGCAAGAUGAGAUGGUUUAUGUGAACAUUUAA